CUCAACAUGGUAAUCUGAGCAAACCGGGGGAGGGGAUCGGAAUAAAACGCUCGUAGGUGUGGGAGCAGGACGGGGCAGAAACACUGCUCACACGUGGAGGAACAAACGGAGCUGCACUUUUUUUCUAAGGAGACAUGUUUCCCGAAGUCUGCUGCUGGGUUCAAAGCGGUAGGCUCCAACAAUGAUCCUGGAGGAGCCAAAAAGGUGACUGGGAAGAAGCGACUUUUCUGAGUUAGUGUGAUCCACUGCAGAUUGAUUGAGAAUAAAAGCGCACAGGAAAGCCGGGUCAUGGAGAGCCCCUGGAGGAGGACGCAGACUGAGAGCUGGGGGGUGUUGAGGAGCUCGCUGCUGCUUUGUUUAUUCUCCGGCAGCAGUAAAGCCCAGUGUGAAGGCUGCAUAGAGUACUGCUGCGAUGGAUCUCCACCUUUCUGCUGCUCCUACUACGCCUACGUGGGCGACGUCCUCUCGGGCACUGCCAUCUCUGGGAUCGUGUUCGGGGUGGUGUUCCUGAUGGGAGCGGUGGCGGCCCUGUUCCUGUGUGUGUGCAUGUGCAUGAAGAACGGGCGGGGGGCACGGGUCGGCGUGUUCAGCACCUCCUACAUCAACACUGUGACUCAGGGGUACCCGGGUCCUCCACCUCCAUACACCUACGACUACGAGAUGUACCCUCCCUCGCUGCACCCGCCACCUUACACCCCGUCUCAGCCGAACUCGGCCAACUACUCCCCUCCUCCUCCGUACCCGGGAUGUACCCGCAAGUGAAUCCCUGCACAGACCCUCUAGCAGUCAUCUAAAAGGAACUGAUCGAUGUCUCCACACCUGGAUCUCUGGCCUCCAAAGACAAUUAAAGAGGCCUGAAUGUAUUCCACAUUUAAAAAGAAAAAGGGGGGGGGGGGGCAGUGCAAUAUUGUUCAGCAGGCCAGGUGUGAAUGUCACUGCCUUUCUGCAGGAGUCUAGACCAAAUGUUGGGGAAAUUAAUAAUAAUUGAACAUUCUCAUAGAGUUAGCAGCCGUGCUAGCCUGCAGCUGGCACUUCCUAAUAACCAAUACUCUCAUCCGUCCCCGACUGAGCACAUCAAAGGCUCCGCGCCGCUUUGAUGCAGGUGAAGACCACUUUUGUCAGCAUGGAGCGGUACCUUGGCUUACAUCACUGGAGGAACAUCGUUUUUUUUAAGGGAGAUGCAAAUGAAGCUUUAUUAUAUUUUAAGAAAAGUCUUUCCAGGACACAGUGCAGACAUGAAAAGUGACCUAUUUUGAAUAAAACUUGAUUUAUAUUGUGACUUAAGAGGAAGCAUAUGAUCACUAUUAUGUGUAGACUUGAACAUAAGGCAUUAUACUGACUUUAAUGGCAACUUGUUGGCAAUGAACUGGUUUUUACAGCCUUACUUGAAUCAAUGUGAGGGUGGAAACUGAACUGGGGGUCCCACUAUGUUCAGUUUGGUAAAGUAAUGAAAUAAAGUUGUGUUUUAUUUUAAA